AAGUUAUUUUGUUUUCAGAGUCCCUUCUCACAGCGGCAAGGCGUAGCCUACCAAGGGAUUACACGUCGUCGUGAUGAUCAUAAUGUACAACCCCUGACUAAUAUUUUGGGGAGACGGAUUUGGUUGAUGCGCAUGUUUGAUUCAUUCAUUCAUUCAUUCAUUUUAGGAUAGGCUAUUUCAUCAAUAAAAUCCUCAGACGUCAGCAGGUUUGAUCAAAAGGGUAUCCUUACCCAGUACGAGCAUCAUAAUGAUGGCAGAUUUAUGAAACACCAAUAAAGGUUCUGGACCGUUGUUCAAACGUAAUAAGACAGAAUGCAGACGUUCUACGAUUAACUGCAGCAUGCUUAAAAGACGAAAAUGAAUUUUCUUCGUUUUGCAAAUGUAAAUGCGCAGCUGCGCUAAAGGGAAAUCAUCCUAUUGGCCAAACAAAAGCUACGUGUACCUUCAGUGCAACAGGUAGCCUAACUGGACUUGUGUCAGUUUUUAGCAAUCUCUCUCUGGAGCGCGACUUAAUUAUACUCACCUCUGGAUACAGUCAUCUACUUUAUAAGGACUCAUAAUUACAAUUUCGGAAAACAUUUGUUUCCUCAAAGCCUCAACUAUCUGGACCAAUCUUUUUCAUAUUCCAGGCUGAAGGAUGUAUCCAGGGUGUAGCACCGUCCUGUGUCUACAGUGUACGUCACCCCGCUGUUGCUGUGCUGUGACUACAGGGCCAAAGAGGCCGUGACGGCGGUUGGAGGAUGAAGUCGAAAGGGAAGGGGGCCAAGCAUACUCGGCAGCCCUGGACUGAACCAGAGGCAGACUUCCAGCUGGAGACAGAGCCAGGGUCCAGCGAGCAGGAGGGCUCCGAGGUUUCCGUGCAGCUCGGAGGGAGGUGGCGGGGAUCGAGGGCGGAGCGCGGAGCUAAGACGGCGUCCAGGCGCAGACGGCUGCACAGCAGCACCAAGGAGCACAACGUGCGCCGGCUGGAGAGCAACGAGCGGGAGCGACAGAGGAUGCACAAACUCAAUAACGCCUUCCAGGCCCUGCGUGAGGCCAUCCCUCACGUCAAGACUGACAAGAAGCUCUCCAAGAUCGAGACCCUCACCCUCGCCAAGAACUACAUCAAAGCCCUGACCACCAUCAUCCUGGGCAUGUCAGGCAGUUGCCUGCCCCAUUCAGAGAGCCAAGCUCAGGCUAGCGCCUCCAGGCUGCUGCAGUGCUACCAGCAGCACCUAGAGGAGGAAGGUGAGGAGAGCUUGUCCAAGUACCUGACUCAGAUCCACAACUUCAGCCAGGGCAGUUAGCCUGAGGGAACCUUCACACUGCCACACGAGUGCACGUCAGCGUGGAAGAGAAGCACAGCAGCUUCAUGUCAGAACAGACUGAAUACAACACAUCACGACUUGUCUGCAACUGGACUGUACAUUCGAACCCCCAGCUGGACCUCAGGUGAAUUUUCUGGGGCGUUUGGGUAUUUCAGCAGCAGUGUUGAAGGAACUUCUGGGACAAACAGACUGAAAUCAACAGCCAAAAUCAACUACAGGAGUUCUUUUUUUUUUUUUUUGCUUGGUUCCUGCCAUAAAAUUAUUAUUUGCAGGAUUAUUUCACCAAGGCAAGGCUGAUUGAGAGGCUGAUGAAGAGAUAGUAUGCUUGAACAAACCCAUCCCUUGUUCAUACUAAAUUUUAAUUCAAAUUUUGUGAUUUACAUUUCUUUUAAAUUGCUUGUAUAAAGAAAGAAUUAUUCUUAUUGCCAAUAUAUUUAUAUUAUUCUGAACACACUCUGGCUGGGAUUCAAUCAACAUUUGUCCUUAACUUCGCCUAAUGAUUAAAAGUGAGGAUUUAUUCUUAUUCAUUUAUUCAGUAUUUAUUUUUUAUUCACAAACAGUUUGGUGAGUUCAGUGAUCACUGUAAAAAAAAAAACAAAAAAAAAAAAAGGCGUAACGCCUGUGUUUACUUGUAAGUCAACAUUAAGGACAAAUGUUGACAGAAUAAAGGCCUGUAUUCUUAAUCCCCUGGUUUAUGUGAAAGGCUCCAAGGCAGUUGUUGACUUGAGAAGGUGAUUUUUGAAAAUGAGUGCUGUACAUAUCUGCAACAGUAUUGUUCACCUGGAACAAAAGUUUUAAUUUGAGGCCCAGAGACCAAAUAUGUUUCUCUAUACUGUGUCCCACUCUGAAAAUAGUAUGAUACUUUUUCUAAUUUCCAUUUGCAAUCCCAUGGGUACCCAAUUAACAGGCCUCAAAAAAUAUUAUUCAACCUGAAGUUCUUGAAAGCUUUUUUUUCGUACCAAAAGAAAAAAUAAAUCCAAGAAACAGA